GUGGUGGUGGAGUGGGGUAGAGGGAUUCCUUCGAAUUCGCAGACCUUCUAGGUGCGACCGGCGUUUAUGCUUUGAGUUGCACGAGUACUUUUGAACAUGGGUCAAAGUGGAUGAAAAGGGUAAGUAAUGCCGGGGUACAGGAGACUGAUGGCGAAUUCGGCCUUGUGACAUUUGCCUACCACAGUGUUCCCGGGGUUCUGCGAAUCACAGGAUUAUGUUGUUUAGAUUACAUGACGUCACCAUGACGCGGAUCUUGUUGACAAGUACACAACUCUACAUGAAGGAUAACUGUUUUGUGAAAGUAGAUUUAUAAUUCGCUCUCAUCCUAAAUCUGGGAGUUAAAGAUGAUUGAGUGACACGUACUAUUUUGAUAUACAAAUGUUUACGGGUUUCCCUCAGUCUUCGUCAAACAGUGGAUAGGAAUGUUUAUGGCGAACACUUUUGCCAACAAGCCUUGUAAUAAUUCACACACCGCUAAUCAGUGAAAACUGUGUACAAGGAGCGUAGAAUAAUGUUAAUGAAUGAAUUAAUCAGUGUAGACCGUACAUAUUUACCCACUGUUCGCUAUAUUUAUCAACCUGACAAUCACUGAUCAAUCUGGGUGAUUUUGUUUGAUGGACUGUAGUGAAAGUGGGAAACACUCUGAAGUUGGACAGUUUUUUGAGUAACGUCAAUGUCAAAGAACAAUAUGAAUAUUUGAGUCAGAAUAACAGUUCGGCCCCAUGUAAUAUCGCUGGCAGACUAACUAGUCACACCAGCACGAUUUAAAUAGCUCUUGCAAUUCAAACAACAGGAGCUAAUUAACUCAUUUGCAUCAACAAAUUAACUUGUCUCAUUCUUGGUUUCUUUGGACUACUAAAAUUGUCCUCCUUCCCUUUUUGCAUAUAACUCGUACUGUCAACCUGUCAUAGACUCCAACUUUCAGUUGCUCUAGGAACUGCUUUUUGGCGUAUCUUAUUAUCAGGAUGACGAACCAUCCAUCGACGAGCUUCAUCAGCAGUGUUAUACAGCAUCUUAUCUUACUAUCUUAUGAAAUAUGAGGAUUCUUGGAGCAGGGAAACAAAAGAAAUAAAUGUGCCAACUCACGGCACAUCCUGCGGUGAUCCGAGUUCACUGACGAGUGAAGCGGACGUUUCUGGGAAAGGCCCCCGGCCGUGUGAUCAUCUCUUUCUGACGUCAUAGUUAGUGACAAAACUUAAAAGGCCAACAGGGCCGGAUCCUCAGUCUUCAGUGAUAUUUAGGUGCCAUCGGCUGUCAACACCUCGUCAAGUCUCUGAAGGAGAAAAUCAUUUUCAACAAGUGACUCUAAAAAUCACUAGAAAACCGCGAGGAAGAGAUUGUAGUGACGUCACCAUGCCCGUGGACUGUCUCGAGUUUCGCCUGGCGACCCAUGACGAUUUCGACGAAGUUGUGCGCAUGUCAGAAGGAGUUUACGGCGGGUUGGACUACCUGCCGUCCCACUAUCACACCUUCAUAGACGACCCGUACAGACUGGUCGUACUGGCGGAGAUGGACGGUCAAAUUGUGGGGCUGUCUUCCGCCUUUAUCGUUGACGGAGGCGAGGUGUACAUAGAGAAGGCGCUGCGCGUGGCGGAGUCGUGCCGCGGGUUGGGCAUCAGCCGCCGCCUGACCGAGCACGUGGACCGGGCGGUGCGGGCACGCUUCCCGGCGGUGGAACGCAAGAGGAAGCUGGUUGUCGACGCCGGGAAGGUCGAGUCCUUGAAGAAAAAGGGAAUGGAUGUUGUUUGUCAUCUGCAAACGAUUUCCUUCGCGGACGAGCCACACACCCGAGACAGCCAACGCGCAUGUGCCGUACGAGCGGCAAACAACCUUCCGGACUUUCCGACUCUUCCCGAACUCCGCCGAAUUCACGAAGACGAUCUCCAUUCGGUUCUCCACCCCGAAGUUUCACGAAACCUACUCGCCAACGGACUCAUGAGUGGGCGGUGGGACCCACUAAACUUCUGCGAAGAAAACUUUCUGUACAUGCUGAACAACGGUUAUUCUCUAUUCGCAGACGACACAAAGCCGUUUGCAGAGAGCUUUAGUUUUGGAAAAUGUUUUCCAGUUCCGUCAGGAGUGCAGUAUUUUGUGGACCUUCAUGUAUCCGAGGAAAGACACCUGAAAGCUCACCUAUUGAAACACUUUGUUGAGAUGUGUAGGUGUGACACACAGCUGCCUGUCUACCUAACAGUGUCCGUCACAAAUAAAGCCAUGGUAACGGCGGCGGAAACAUUUUGUUCGGAAAUCCUCUGUUUGCGCCAGUUUGACUUGCCCCAUGCUAGUCUCGGAGUAGUGGUAGAAGGAAAACUAUGAUAUUACUCGGCCUGUUAAUGUUAGAUGAAUUCAGAGGUCAUGAUUUUCUAAAUAUAGGCAUAUGUGUAAUUGCGCUUUUGCAUGGUGCAUCCUUGAACAAGAAUAUGUCUAUAUAAAGCUAAAAGAAUCAUGAACUCAGGGAAAACAAAGUAACUUGCCAUAAGCAAUUUUUUAAAUUGUGAUAGAGAACGGCGAGAGAAAAUGUCAUCAAAGAAACAAAUACUUGUUAAAGAUGGUCGAAAGGGAAAUCAUAUACUUUAUCAAUUAUGUCAAACUAUAGCCGUAUAGAUUUAUGGCUGAAAGUUUUGAGCUAUCAUUACGCAAGUUCAUAC